AUGAAAAAUUUGAUAGAAUCUUGCUCAUCUCAUCUUAUUGUCCGGGAUACGUUGAUGAGUGGUGUCGCUGAGGUAGAAGAUAAUCCACAACUUGAGGAUGCCUUGAAUACCGUGGUUUCUUCUUCUGCGGAAGAAUUUGACACUUCGUCGGAAGCUGAAACCUCCGAUGAGGAUGAUAUUCCGUACUACGAGCAGGCCGUUGUCGACAUCAGAAAAGGCGAUCGUUACCAGUGCAUGAUCUGUACGGUCGAGAUGGAUUAUACGUGCAAUAUGUAUGCAUGCCCACACUGUUACCGUGUGUUUGAUUAUGAAUGUAUAAGAGAAUGGGCUUUAAAGUCUACUCAUAAAAGUCCAGACAACGUGUGGAAAUGUCCCAACUGCUACCAUCCUAGCAAGCAGGUACCAGCAAAAAACAAGUACACUUGCUGGUGUGGUAAAAAUAUGCAUCCAGAACCUAACCCUUUGGAACCUAACUCCUGUGGACAGACAUGUGAUGCACCCACCUGUGUUCACGGUUGUUCCAAGACAUGUCAUUUGGGCCCUCAUCCUCAGUGUAUGCGUAUCAUCAAAAUUAAGUGUCUCUGUGGAAGACAUAGUAGAGAAGUGCUCUGUUUUGAGAGCAAAAAGGAGCAAAAGUUCUUCCAGUGUGGAGAGCCUUGCGGACUCACUCUUCCCUGCUGUGUCCAUAAAUGUAAAAGGAAAUGCCAUAAGGGACCCUGUGGAAAGUGUCCAGAAGUACUUAAUGGCAGUAUCAAGUGUUACUGCGGUGAGCAAAGAAAGGAUAAGAUUUUGUGUAAGGAUGUUGUCAUUCAAGGCCGCUCUGUGAAUAAGAAAGGCGAAAAGUGGAUUGGGGCUUUCGCAUGCAGCAAAAUAAGAUCUGUAACGUAUUCAUGUGGAAACCAUGCCUUUACCGAGGACUGCAAAGCUCCACCUUCUUUGCCAAAAAGGGUUCAGUGUCCGUUUGCGCCUAAAAUGUUGAAGACCUGUCCCUGUGGUAAGAGUCCUCUCAAGGCAUUGGACAAAGUUCGCACCAGAUGCACUGAUCCUAUACCUACGUGUGAUUCCAUAUGUGGUAAACGACUGCAGUGUGGCAAACAUGAAUGUCCUUUUACUUGUCACACUGGGCCUUGUAUGGAUCCUUGCUUGGUCUCUGACAAAGUUCAAUGCUCUUGUCAUGCGAGAUCAUUCAUGGUACCAUGUCAAUUCGAGACAGAGCCUCAUUGUAAUACAAAGUGUGAAUCACUUAUGUCAUGCCGUCGCCAUCGAUGUGUUGAGAGGUGUUGUUCGGGAAGAAGUUUAGCGCAGAGAAGAGAGAAGACCAUAUUUUUGGCUCGAGAUAGGCUUGACGAGUCUUUAGUAGAAGCUGAGCAUAUCUGUUUAAAACAGUGUAACUUAAAGCUGGCAUGUGGGAGGCAUUAUUGUCAGAACAAAUGCCAUCCUGGUAGCUGUCCACCAUGUCUCGAGAGUGAUUCCAAUGAUCUGGUUUGUCCAUGUGGCAGAACGGUAGUCCCUGCACCAGUACGUUGUGGUACUAAAUUGCCUUCUUGUCCAUAUCCCUGUGUUAAAACUCUACAGGGACCUUUAGAUUGUGGGCACCCCCCAAUGCCACACAAAUGUCACUCCUCUGAAGUGCAAUGUCCCUCUUGCACAGCUCCUGUUUUCAAGACUUGCAAUUGUGGCAAGAAUGAGAAGGUAAGAACUGUUUGUUUCCAGAAAAAUGUGUCUUGCGGUAAAAUCUGUAAACUCCCGCUCAAAUUCUGUCAUCAUGGAUGCCAAAGGGCCUGUCAUGAAGUUGGAAAAUGUCAAACGACUUGCAAUCAGAAGUGUGCGCUCCAAAGAUCUAAUUGUAGUCAUACGUGUCAAUGGAAAUGUCAUGGUUCUAAUCAUUGUCCUGACACGCCAUGCAAGAUACGAGUUUUAUUGAAAUGUGAGUGUGGCCGCUUGGAGUCAUAUGCCCAAUGUGGCGCCACUAAUGAAAAAUCUUCGAUAGAAUUGAGUCAGUUACCUUGCAAUGAGGAAUGUGAAGUUCUGAAAAGGCAUAGAACUCUCAUGGAAGCUUUUGGUAUUCGAGACGAGUCUUCAAAGUUACGUCAGAUAAAUGAAAUUCAAAACUUGGCUGAAAAGGUGGCCACUUUUGAAGAGUUAUUAUUGCCAUUCACCGAAGCUACCUUGUCUAUCUAUGCAAGACAGACGACCUGGUGUUCUCAAAUCGCAUCAUUCUUGGAUAGGUUGAUGGAUGAGAACAAUCGUCAAAGUUUACACUUUAAGCCUAUGAGAGCCCCUCAGCGUAACUUCAUCCAUGAAAUUGCGAAGGCGUAUAACCUUUACAGCGAAUCUCAAGAUAUGGAACCGAAGAGGUCAGUUUUUGUUAAGAAGAAUGUCGAUUCGCGAAGACCAUUGAUAUCCUUAGAAGAAGCUUUACCUUUGUAUCAAUCCUUCAAGCAAUUUCAAAAAGAAAAAAAGGCGCAGGACUUAGAGAAGUCGAAAACUCAUCGUAUUUUAAAUGUCACUGUUGAGGAGAGUCAAAUGAAGCCUGCGAAGGCAACUUACAACGGUUUAAUAAUUCGAGGAAUCUUAGACGGAGUCACAGAAGAUGACAUCAAAGAUUGUUUUGGACAAUAUCUUAAGUAUACACUACUUUCUAACCCAGUUUAUUCCACGCUUUCUUCAAGCGAGCUAAUCAUUUAUCCUCAUGACUACCAUAGCGUCACGGUGAAUGUUGAAAAUGACUUAAGGCAACUCGUUGGUCAUUUUGAUCACAUUGUUCGUGACAAGUUUAUAGGAGAAAGUGUGGCAGUCUGUCAAGUUGAAAAAUAUCUCGAGGGCAUGAAUUCAGAUGGAAAAGAAGAGUACUCUCAUAAACGAGAUGUAAGUUCAUUGCAGUUAUCUGAGGUCAAAGCAGAUACUAAAGGUACAUUGAAAGAUGCUGAUGCUGAUGCCUCUUAG